UCUCUCUUUCAGUUCCCCCACAGCUCGCCAGGAAAAAGACGGUGAUCCGGACGUUGGGUCUUUUCUAAGGUCCUGUUUGAAUGUGUCGGACCCCCACCUCCCCCUCUACCCCCUCCCCAGUCCCACCCACCGCUCUCCAACACAAACACACCACCAGUCCUCAUUUACUGGAUCUGCGCUUUGUUAUCAGAGCCUUCCCCUCCUCUGCCUCUUUUAUUCCAGGAGAGAGAAGGGAAGUUUAUUUCUUCCUUUUCUGACGGAUUGGUUUCGGACUCAUUCUGGAUCUUGCGUCCUCCGCUGCAGGACCCACAUAGCUCGAUGCAGACACGAAUGUGGGCUAAUUAGACUGGCAAAGAAACUGGUUUAAGCGCCGGAACAAAAAGGACGCCGAAGAGCUUUCUUCUCUUUCUUCCUUCUUCUUCUUCUUCUUCUUCUCCACCCGGUGUGUCAAUCAUUUUCCCACCACUGCAGUUGUCAAGUUGGGAGCCCUGUUGGGAAAUGGACAAACCCCUCUGAAGUGAAGAAGCCGCUCUCUUCCUCACCAACACGACCACAGGACUUGAUUUGGACGAGGAUCCCCGAGAGGAGAACAUGUUUACAUCCCUGUUUCCAUGGUAACCCCAGAGGAGCAUGCACAUCCGGGUCAGGAGUUAGCCUCAGUGUUCGUCUCCUCCGCCCGCCUCCUGUGAGAACUACACUACCCGCAAUUCCUGUGAACUGACAGAACACACUCUGACAUUUAUUGUAUCAGUGUUACAACAAAACAAACAAACAAAAAGCACUCAGUGGAACAAAAACUACGAAAACAACAACAAGAACUACAACUCUGCUGUGAAGAGGACCAACAUGGCCAACAACACGGCGGACCACCCUCCGGGGAACUCGGUGGCCGAGGGGAACCAUGACGGGGACUUUGGGAUGACCACGGAGGACCUGAGGGACCUGAUGGAGCUGCGGAGCGCCGAGGCAGUCAACAAGAUAACGGACACGUACACGGACGUGCAGGGCAUCUGCCGCCGCCUGAAAACAUCACCCAUAGAAGGUUUGUCUGGAAACCCCGUCGAUUUGGAAAAACGUCAUGCGGCAUUCGGCAAGAACUUCAUCCCCCCAAAGAAGGCCAAGACAUUCCUGCAGCUGGUGUGGGAGGCUCUGCAGGACGUCACGCUUAUCAUCCUGGAAAUCGCUGCAAUCAUCUCACUGGGCCUGUCCUUUUACCAUCCACCAGGGGGUGACAGUGAAGCAUGCGGACAAGUUGCAGGAGGCGUCGAGGACGAGGGCGAGUCCCAGGCUGGCUGGAUAGAAGGCGCCGCCAUCUUGUUCUCUGUGAUCAUCGUGGUUCUGGUGACGGCCUUCAACGAUUGGUCCAAGGAGAAGCAGUUCCGCGGUCUUCAGAGUCGCAUCGAGCAAGAACAAAAGUUCACCGUCAUCCGCAAAGGCCAGGUCAUCCAAAUCCCUGUGGCCGAGCUCGUGGUGGGAGACAUCGCUCAGAUCAAAUACGGAGACCUGCUGCCUGCUGACGGGAUCCUGAUCCAAGGCAACGACCUGAAGAUUGACGAAAGCUCUCUGACUGGUGAAUCUGACCAUGUCCGCAAGUCUAUGGAGAAAGACCCCAUGCUUCUGUCCGGGACCCAUGUCAUGGAGGGAUCGGGCAGGAUGUUGGUGUCAGCCGUCGGCCUCAACUCUCAGACCGGCAUCAUCUUUACUCUACUGGGUGCCAGCGAGCACGAUGAGGAGAAGAAGGUCAAGAAAAGUAAAAAACAAGGACCCCCCGAAAAUCGCAACAAAGCCAAAACCCAGGACGGCAUCGCCCUGGAGAUCCAGCCGCUGAAGAGCGAGGAGGCCGCCGAGUCUGAGGAGAAGGAGGAGAAAGAGGAGGUGAAGCAAGUGAAGAAGGUCAACGUGACAAAGAAGGAGAAGUCAGUGCUGCAGGGCAAACUGACCAAACUGGCUGUGCAGAUCGGGAAGGCUGGUCUGAUCAUGUCGGCUGUGACCGUCAUCAUCCUCAUCCUCUACUUCGUCAUCGACACAUUUGCGGUUCAGGGACGCUCCUGGGUAGCCGAGUGCACCCCCAUCUACAUCCAGUACUUUGUGAAGUUCUUCAUCAUCGGUGUCACGGUGCUCGUGGUCGCCGUUCCAGAGGGGCUGCCGCUCGCCGUCACCAUCUCUCUGGCUUACUCUGUCAAGAAAAUGAUGAAGGACAAUAACCUGGUGCGUCACCUGGACGCCUGUGAGACCAUGGGAAACGCCACGGCCAUCUGCUCGGACAAAACGGGAACGCUGACCAUGAACAGGAUGACGGUGGUGCAGGCGUACGUCGGUGACACGCACUACAAAACUGUUCCUGAACCUGACGCCAUCAAACCUGAGACUCUGGAAAUCAUGGUCAACAGUAUCUCCAUCAACUCUGCUUACACCACCAAGAUCCUGCCUCCGGAGAAAGAAGGCGGCCUUCCUCGCCACGUCGGCAACAAGACGGAGUGCUCUCUGCUCGGCCUGGUUCUGGAGCUGAAGAGAGACUACCAGCCAAUCAGAGAUGAGAUCCCUGAAGAGAAACUCUACAAGGUGUACACCUUCAACUCCUCCCGUAAGUCCAUGAGCACCGUGCUGAAGAACGCUGACGGAGGCUACAGGAUGUACAGCAAGGGAGCGUCGGAGAUCGUCCUGAGGAAAUGUUCUCGUAUCCUGGACGCGCAGGGUCAGCCCCGAAUCUUCAAGCCGAAGGACCGUGACGAGAUGGUGCGUAAAGUGAUCGAGCCGAUGGCGUGCGAUGGGCUCAGGACGAUCUGUGUGGCGUACAGGGACUUUCCUGCCGAGGCCGGAGAGCCGGACUGGGACAGCGAGAACGACAUCCUGAACGAGCUCACCUGCAUCGUCGUGGUCGGCAUCGAGGACCCCGUCAGACCCGAGGUACCUGAGGCUAUUUCCAAGUGUCAGCGUGCCGGCAUCACAGUGCGCAUGGUCACCGGAGACAACAUCAACACCGCCCGCGCCAUCGCCACCAAGUGUGGCAUCCUGCUGCCCGGGGAGGACUUCCUGUGUCUCGAGGGCAAAGAGUUCAACCAGCAGAUCAGAAACGACCAAGGAGAGGUGGAGCAGGAGCGUCUGGACAAAGUUUGGCCCAAACUUCGCGUUCUGGCCCGUUCAUCUCCAACAGACAAACACACUCUGGUCAAAGGAAUCAUCGACAGCACGGUGGGAGAAACUCGACAGGUGGUGGCGGUGACGGGAGACGGAACCAACGACGGCCCCGCCCUCAAAAAGGCCGAUGUGGGUUUCGCCAUGGGUAUCGCCGGUACAGACGUGGCCAAGGAGGCGUCCGACAUCAUCCUGACCGAUGACAACUUCACCAGCAUCGUCAAAGCCGUCAUGUGGGGAAGAAACGUCUACGACAGCAUCUCCAAGUUCCUGCAGUUCCAGCUGACCGUCAACGUGGUGGCCGUGAUCGUGGCGUUCACCGGCGCCUGCAUCACACAGGACUCUCCUCUGAAGGCCGUCCAGAUGCUCUGGGUCAACCUCAUCAUGGACACUCUGGCGUCUCUCGCUCUGGCCACCGAGCCGCCCACCGAGUCUCUGCUGCUGCGUAGACCGUACGGCCGCAACAAGCCGCUCAUCUCCAGGACCAUGAUGAAGAACAUCCUGGGCCACGCCGUGUACCAGCUCGUCAUCAUCUUCACGCUGCUCUUCGCUGGUGAGAGCAUUUUCGACAUCGAUAACGGCCGCAACGCUCCCCUGCACUCACCGCCGUCUGAGCACUACACCAUCGUCUUCAAUGUGUUCGUCAUGAUGCAACUCUUCAACGAAAUCAACGCCAGGAAAAUCCACGGAGAGAGGAAUGUGUUCGAGGGCAUCUACAGGAACCCCAUCUUCUGCAGCGUCGUACUGGGAACCUUCGCCCUGCAGAUCGUCAUCGUUCAGUUCGGAGGGAAGCCGUUCUCCUGCACGGCUCUGACCAUCGACCAGUGGCUGUGGUGCGUGUUCAUCGGCGUAGGAGAGCUGCUGUGGGGACAGCUGAUCUCGGCCAUCCCCACGCACCACCUGAAGUUCCUGAUGGAGGCGGGUCACGGCACCACGAAGGAGGAGAUCCACGAGGAGGAGCUGACGGAGGGCGCCGACGAGAUCGACCACGCCGAGAUGGAGCUGAGGAGAGGCCAGAUCCUGUGGUUCAGAGGUCUGAACCGCAUCCAGACGCAGAUGGAUGUGGUCUAUACCUUCCAGACGGGCCAGGCGGCGGUGCCCGGUGCCCUGCGCCGCCAGCCGUCUGUCGUCAGCCAGCACAAUGACAUUAAGGUGGUGAACGCUUUCCGUAGCUCCUUGUACCCGGCGAGCCCAGAGUCCCGUAGCUCCAUCCACAGCUUCAUGGCCCAUCCCGAGUUCGUCCCGCUGUCCGAGGAGGAGGCUCGCAUCCCCCCCAUCGAGGAGACCGGAGACGAGAUCGAACCCCUACCAAGCCCCUCCUCCGGGGCGGGAGGAGGAGGAGAGCCGCCGAGCGCCUUCCCCUGCAGACGCGAGUUAUCAAUCUGAGCUCCUCUCUCCUCUUCCUCCUCCCUUCAGCAUCAUCUGUCAUCCCGCCAACCGAACUGUUGCACCAAGGAGGGAAGUCAUCACUCUGCUCAUCCCCUCAUCCUGCACGUGCACACAUGCUUCACAUUGCCCCCACCCCCCAACCCCUUACCCCCCAGUCAUCGCUGCCACAUUGUGUCUUGCAUACUGACUGUGGCGUUGUUCAACCUGUAAGUUUGUCCCUCCACCACCACUAUACAUGUAUCAGCAGAGGGGUGGAGUCCAGAGUCUCCACUGUGGAAGGCCUGUCCUGGUCCAUUCAUGUUUUGUUUUUUUUAACUUGAUGAUCCUUUUAAAAAAAAAAAGUUUUAAAACUAUGUCAGUUUCAAUCUUUUUUGCGGGACUCUCAGCAGCAUGUCGUGUUCUGUACUCGCUUUCAUUCCUGCGUAACGCUUCUCAAAAACGGCACCGAACUUUUCAAAGAGUGCAGUGAUUCUCAUGUACAUACGCUUUUGCUCUUCUACACAGCUAACGGCCGGGGUUUGGUGAUCAGAACAUUUUCAAGGCAAAUGCAAAAAUGUAAUUUUUAUUUUUUUUUUGUCUUUUUUUUUUAACCUCCUCCAAUCAUUGAUUCAAACUCCUGAGAAUGUCUUGUGAGUGUGACACUACAGUCUGCAAGGUUCAACUGUUAAAAUAAUGUUCUUCCCUUUAUCGUGUCUGUAUGUGUCACUUUUUCUUUAGCUGCUGUGUUGCAUGUGGAAGGACAGAAUGUUAACUGCACAUAAAUAUAUCUAACAUUGGGGCGUCAAGAGAGGGCUCGCUCUCUGCUCAUCUCACCUUAGUUGGGGGUUUUGGUUCUCUCUGCCCCUCCCCACAGUGUUGAUAGGAAACUGGAGUGUGCUUCAUGUUUCCCCCUCUUAUAGAGUGCAUGUUAUGUUUCGUUCGUGUUGAGUCGCAUGAUAACAUUGGAAUGAAUAUUUGGGAUUCUGUUUAGACAACCAUAUGUUAUGUUAGUUAGUCUGCAGCAGCUUCUGUUCAGAGCUCGGUCAACUUCCUGAAUGUGGGACUGAACUUCCUGUUCGCACAACAGGACAAUAUCAGACUUGUCAAUAGACAAAUCAUGUUGAGAAAAACUGAAGAAAAGUUUAGGGUUUGCAUUAGGCUUGCUACGGUGGUUGGUGCUACCUGUGUUGCACGUAGUUCGGGCAUACUCACAUUACAUGACCUUUUUUAUAGAGCAUAAUCCAAGCUUGGUCAUACGGUUGAAGAUAAUUUAAAACUAAGAGUGUCUCACCAUAUAGCAGCAGAUUUUAAAGAUAUUUCAUAUUUCACUUGAAGAGAAAGGAGAGGUGACAAUGUUGGAAGAGCUUGUGUUAGCGAUCCCUGAACUGGCAUUCCUAACCGGUUUGCCGUCUACAGAUAUCGUUGAUAGAAAUAACAAAAUAUCUGGUUUAAUCGUUAACACUGUCCGUCUCAAGUGAUUAGGUGGCAUCCCCAAUCAAUGUACGAGGAAGUGUACCACUCAAAGGCCCAGUUGACUUGCCUACAACCAAUGCUUUCCUUAGUUUAGUUUAAUGGUUCCCUCUAGGCAAGGAGCCAAUCUCAGCUCCCAUGGGGCGAAAAUUGGGUUCUCCCAAUUGGGCCAUUGAUGCCUCUCUUGCAGUUGUCACAGCGGAGGUAGUACUGAUAAAAUGAGGCCACAAUAGAUACUUGAUUGGCCUGAUUCCUGAAAAGAAAGGAUGCAGACUCCCUUGAAACUAUCACACCAUCACCCCCCGCCUGGACCAGCCUGAUGUUGAUGACAACAGAUUGGUUGGUUUCAUGCAAAAUAUGGGAUUAACAAUUAUUGUGCAUCAAGGACUCCAUUGCCAACUUCCUUGCAUUCUUUGCUUCUCUUUCCUGUAAACCAAUCAAAAAUGUAAAAGACCACAUCUGACCAUGACACUGUGAGGUGAGACCCCCAUCGCUAAUCACUGCCCCGCUGUAAUGACAUUGCAGUUGACCAAAUUUACAUCCAGUGGACCCUCACAGCUACAAAGAAAGAUCCAGUUCUUGUUUACUGUGUCAGAGUCAAUGAAAAAACAGUACUGCCAAAGGAUGAAAAGUAGUCAUUUUCUUUUCAUUUUCUUAGUUUCAGUGGCGUCAGAUUAAUAAAGGUAGCCCCCACUUUCCUCCCCAGAAACAUCCCAAAACUCUUCCUAGUUGACCCUGAUAUGUAUAUAGUAUAUAGUACGACCAGAUAGUAUAUAAUCUCUGCAGCGAGAUAAAUCCAGAAUGAAGCAACAACAAGUCAUCUGGAUCAGAAAGUUAACCACUUCAACUAUCUCUUUUGUUUUAGGUUUCAUCAACCACAGCUAAUCCAAUCAUCUUCGUGCCAUAUGCGGCUUUCAGUUGACUUCAUAUGUUAUGAUAUUGCCUCUAAAACUAGACUUCUGUUCAUCCAAAUUGGAGCUUUAAAAUGAUAUAACUAUUGACAAGUCUGUUCUGGGUCACAAUGGAAGAUCUCCAGUUCAAGAAACAGGGAGUUAAAGGAUCUCUGAACCGUUUCUGGACCGUCUCUCUGUGUUUAAGACAAAUCUUAGUACCAACUCUGAAGUUUUUGUUCCUAUAUUUGUCAAGAGUUUCAGGAACAUAAACUCAAUCAGUGACAUUGCACAGCUGGCAGAGGAGAAGGUGUUCAAUCAUCAUCCCUCUCCGCUCUGCUGUGAUUGAUUAACAGUCGUCAGUGUGGUGGCCACGCUGAGGUUUAUGGGAGACUGAUGAUGUCACCAGUCGGCCUGUAGAGUAAAACCCGCUGUGUGUCAGUGCUGCCGCUCAGUACUUCUUGCCUGCCGUUGUCCACAGAUUACUGUCUUAAAAGAAGAAGGAAUCAUCUACCAGUCAGAGGCAGUGAUGAGUCUAAUCCCCUCUUAGUCCAACUAGUAACCAUCAAGCUAUCUUUGAACUAGGACACGUUAUUGAAGUAAUGUGCUACUACUGCCAUAUUUCCAACUUUCCUGUCACAACUAGGUUCUUCCUCUCCCCUCUGAUGAGCUUUUUCUAUGUAACUCAGAGCCAUAUUUUAUAGGUUGUCUGUAUUGUUUUUUAUCUCAUUGUUAUCAAGGUUUCCUUUGGACUUUCCUAACCCCAACCCCAAUCCUUCCCCCUCCUCCUCCCCUGGCCCUUUACUCCAAACACGACCAAAAAAGCAAGGAGAAAAUCUUCAGUCGUCACUGCCGAACCAAGUUUCAAGGACCUCUACAAUGUUUACAUGAAAAGCAAGUGGGUGGCAGUUCGCCUGCGCUUCUCUCAUCCGACCACUUCCCUUUCAUUCCCUUGCUUUCCUGAAUCUUAGAGUUACUAUUUAACUAAAUGGGGAAUCUUUCUUGCAUGGUUUUCAUAUAAAAUUCAAUGUUUUGCUCAUUUUUUAUAAUUCUUCUGUAUUUUUAUAUUAAGUACUUUUUAAUAUUUUGGAGAUAUAUGAAUAUAUAUGUAUAGGCUGAAAAGUUUGGUGACAGUACAGUACAUGAAUGAGAUUAAUCUAACGUGGACUCUGUCUUUUUACAGCUCUCUAAAUAUUUAUGCCACGUGUGUCGUCACCUAAUGUUAGGGCUCAGAAACCUGCAGUGACUUGUUUACUCCCUGUCGGCCAUUCAAUUGGAAUCCCAACAAUUUUAUUCUCAUCAGCCCCCCUUUAAAUGAGUCUAAUCACUUUAUCUAAGAUGUUGUGAUACACUACAGCCUAUGUGAUUUUGCAGUUAUCCAACUCCAGUAGAGUUCAGCCAAUGCAACGUGAAUACAGCUAACUGUAUCAAACAUUAAAUGGGAGUGUAUAAUUAUUUAUCCAACCUCUGGGUAUCUUUGUUUCUGUACUUUGAAGCUACUACGACUAAUUUCUUUGAAUGAGUGGAAUGAUUCUGUUUUCUAACUGACUGAUGUCAGAGCUGGUAACUUUAAAGAGGAUCGAAGCUGUGUCCCGACUCGGGCUCCGCCUCCUUUUGAAGCGGCGUGUCGGCCCAAGUCCAGAAAGAUUUCUGAUCCCUCAGAUGGACCAAAAAACAGAAACCUUAGGACCAAAGCAGAGCCGGCCCGAGUCAUAAAAUAAACCCAUGAGCUGCUUCAAGACCCCAAGCCAGGAAGUCAAAGAUGAACCAGAAUAAAAUAUUUUCCUGAACUGGGUGUGCAUAAAGUCUGUAGGCUCUAACCCAAAAGACAUUACGACCCAGUCAAACUGUCAAAGGAUGAUUGGAUCUGCUCAAUAUGAAUUCCCAAUGGUGGUGUAUUGAAGAAGAUUCAACUAGGGAUUGAGAAACAGAUUCUAAAUAUUCUACAUCUUUUUGAAACCACAAAAGUCGCCAUGUACUGGCAAUUAGAAACAAUGCAGGCUUAAGGCACUUCCUCGUUGGUAUCACCUUUAAAACCAGAGGAUACGUCCAUUUUUUUAUACAUUCAAUGUCCUAACUGGACUGACCAAUUUAUAAAUUUAGCUUGACUUGGGUCUUUGGUUGGAUCUUGUUGCUAAAAAAAAUUAUAGGACCAAUAAAAACUGCCAAAUGAAACGUGGAGUCUUUUUGCAGAACCAAUGUUAACUCUUUCUUUAGAAUUUUUGUAUUUAAAGCAACACGAACAUUUUGCUUUGACUAAUGCUAUCUCUUCAAAAACAGUUUUGGAACUAAUUUGCACACUGGGGGGUAAGGGGGCUUGGUGGGUUGUCUUGCCCAAACUCGAGGCUCUAAAAAAGCUCAGGUCGGCCCUGGAUUGAAGGUUUUGUUUACCAAAUUCUGGCCAAAGAAAGAUCAGGAAGCCACAUUUUUUAAGCUUUAGUCUUAAUAUUUAAUUCGGUCAUGAAAUAUCAAGAAUUAAAGGAGGCGGAGCCAGGGACAGGACAUGCAGAUGUAGACGUCAUUGCCAUUUUGUACCAACUACAAACUUAAAAAAAAACACUUUUUGGGAAGAGAGCGGGACUGUUAAAGCGCUUGUGACAUCACUUCCUCUUCCUGCAGGGUGUCUGUUUGUCUGUGAAUGAGACGCACACCGUCAAAACGAUGACGCUUUUCCUCUUUGUUUUGUUGAAUGAAUUGACAGAACACCUGUGCUCCUCCAGUCAGUACAAUGUAAAUAUUGUCAUAUAAGUGAAUGAAGUGUACCUGCUGUCUGUGUCCGUGAUGGGAAACGGGAGAGGGGGCAAUCAGCCAAUCAUCACCCAGCGAAGCUUUAAGAAUGUUCUGCCAAAGUCGUUUUUUUUUUUUCUUCCUUCUGCACAAGUUUGAUAGAAAAUUUGCUGCCACAUGCCCCCUUCCCUUCCUCCUGCUUGGAUACGAUUGUCCCUCUGCUCUUGCCAUAGCCUCAGUGUGGCUGUGGUGGUCGUCUGUUGGACUGGUUGGACUGGUUGCCCUCAAAUCUCAUGCCAGGCGCACAGUACAGCCUCGCCAUCAGAGACGCUCCAGGCCUGUUUGUGCUUCUGGUUUCAUGAAUAAAAAGUCCGGACGAGACUAAGCAGCGGACUGAAAAUAUUCACCUGCUUUUAGGUUCAAUUUGUCUUGGAGUUUAAAGGAAUCUCCGUUUGCCACAGUUUUCCAACCUGGACUUCUGCAAGGCGAAGGAACUCACUUCUGAUCAUUGCCAUGUCAUUGUUGCGUUUUGACUGCUUCCUCUUCAGAGCGCUGCCUUUUCUCGAAACAGCACCUGUCAUUGGAUUUUUAAGGAAUUCUUUGGAGAACCUUGGCAUCCACUUCAAGAAUCAUGAUUUAAAAAAAUGGUCCAAACGAACUGGAAUAGUUGGAAAAGUCAUAACCACUUAACAUAUAUAUCUUAUAUAUUUAUACACUAUCUCUAUAUAUUUAUAUCUAGUAUGCAUAUAUGUUUGUAUAUGUAUAUUAGAUAUAAGUACAUCGACAUAUAUAUGGUUUGAACUUCAUUGCAAAAAAAGACUGAAAAAGUUGUUUUCUGUAAUUACUAUGAUACACAGUAAUAGGCGUUGGUGUUAUUUUUGUAUAAACAUAAUAUCAUCUAUGUGGCAUGCAUGACAUAUAUACAAAAAUUUGGUGGUUUAAAGCAAUAUGUCCAACCUGGUGCGAUUGGUUCUGUCGUGUUCUGUGUAGCCUAAAGCCACUCUGUGCGAAAAAGAGAUAUAAAAAAAAAAAAAAAAAAAGAGAAACUGCAUUUGGAUAAAACUAACUGUUCAGUAUACAUGUUCAAUGUUCUGUGUUCUGCAUGUUUUAGUAUGGAAUGAAACAUCCCCAAAUUUC